AUGAACGCCGCCAAUGAUGCGGCAGAGUCGGAGGAGUUUUCAUCAACUGAUUUUAUCUCGGAGCUCUUGAGAAUAUUCAAAGAGGCUGAUGUAGACAAAGGCGGAGGAUUGGACAUGGAGGAGUUUUGUGUAGCAAUGAAAAAGAUUUCUAAAAUGACUUGUGAAAAUGACAACUUCAAGAGCCUGACCGAGGAAGACUUCCAGAUCCUUCACAUGAAAAUCGACACAAACUGCGAUUCCACUGUCGAUCUCGGAGAGCUACUCACCUUCAUGCUCUGUCAGGCUGAUGCGACGUCCAACUUAGAUUUGCUGUUUCCCAAACCAUUCAAAGUUACACCCAUGAAUCAUCAGAAAAAUAUUGUGAAACUCAUCUUCAAUCCUUUGAACGAUGCCGAGCCGACUGAUACCGUUUCAGGGGGGUCGCAGGCACGGGUCUACCUGAAAGGUCAAUACCUUUCCAUGACGUCUAAUGGGAUCUUAAACUUCUGGACCGACAGGUUCGAGAGUCCUCAGACAUUCUACCUGGACAACGAAGAGAACACACUUCCUUACAUGCAAAAGAGGACGAUGUGUGUUAAUGACAUGGUUUACCUGCCAGAGCUCAAACAGAUCGCCGUCUCCACCAAUAAAAGAGAGCUGGCGUUCUACAGUUGCCACAGGUUACCUGAAGCAUUUGAAAUCAGCAACUCCUUAAUACUAGAAGACCAAAAAUUGACCAGCUUGAACUACUGGUCCGAUGGCACAAAAGCGGUGUUUUCCGUUGGUGACUCCAAAGGAUAUCUGUACAUUUUCAUUUCCAACAAUGUCCACCAGGAAGGCCUCUUCUGCCAAGGAAGCUACGAGAAAAUGUCCCUGAAGAAGUAUCCCACGGUUUACAUUUCGAACCUUUUGACUAAACAAUCCAAAAACUUCCAGUGUCACAGACGACACGUCUUCGAAGACGCUUGCAGUCAGAUCCAAUUUAUUCCAACCCUCAACUCCUUUGCUGUCUGCGGUGCUUCGUCCAGGGACAUGGUCCUCAUUACCCUAUCCGAGCCCCACUCAGUGGGAGUCUCGACCUUUCGAAGCAAGCCUGGUAAGGAAAUGUUCACUUGUGUGGAAUACUGUGCUGAACGCCUGGUGACUGGUGGCAUGGAUGGAUUACUGCGGGUGUGGAUACCAAAUAACACAGAGAACCCCGAAAAUAUAAUGGUAGGGCACACCAAACCCGUCACCCAUAUUAUGUACAACCAAAAGGAUGAUAUGCUCCUCAGUUUAUCGGAUGACAAGAAUGUCCACGUUUGGUGCACGAUUAAAUGGAUGUCCGAGCAGAGCUUCCAGGUCCAGGGAAUGGGGACGGCACCGAUCGCCAGCACCUGUUGGAACACCAUAAAUAACGAGUUAGUUGUGGCCACCUCAAACGUUGCAACAACUCUCGGAAGAGGAACGGAUGUUUUUCAAAAAUCGGUGAACUCCCACAUUCAGCCCGUGUGCUGCACCCUCUACAACAAUAUUUUCAAACAGGUCGUCUCAGUUUGCCAAAACGGUGUUGUGAUGUUGUGGAACAUCAUAACCGGAAAAGCUGAACUGCAGUUCAAAGUCACUCCGGACCAGCAGGUGGGGCUCGUUGCCAUCUCGUUCGAUGAACCGCAGCGUAGAUUGAUCACAAUUUCACAGGACGGGAAAGUGAGACUCUGGAACUUCAACAGCGGAAAAGAGCUCAUAGUUCUCUCUGGUACCAUGCCGAACAAGGUGACGGGUAUUGUGUGCAUCAACGACAGAAUUUUUGUGUCUGGACUUAACUCUAGGACCAUUUUCAACAUGGAUCUGGAAGACAAAGACCACAGAUACAUGAGGCACAAAUACUUGAAAGAUAUUUCCUCAAUGGAUGUGCAUGAAAACACGUUAAUCACCGCCUCUAGCAAUGCAUAUAUUGUCGUCUGGAAAUUGUGGUCUGUUGAAGCUGCAGAGGCCGCCUUUUGGAUUAAUACCCAUCAGAGUCCUCACACAUACAUGGUGGACAAAAGACAUCCAGGACAGACCGGGUGUCUGACUGUGGAUAUGUGUAAAAGGAAAAUCGCUGGAAAAAAACAACGUAGUGCAACUUCUGGUAAGGCUCCUGAAUACAACCGUUCUCUAAUAUGUCUGAAGACCAGGGAAAACAGAGUAGACAUAGCCACACUUUUAACUUAUGCAGGCGACUACAUCUACGCCUGGUCUCCUAAAGUCAAGGGAGGUCUGUUAGGGAAGUUCAAGGCAGUGGAAGAUGAAAGUGCCGUCCUUACCACCAUGUCAACUGAUGUUGAUGAGCAGAUUUUACUCACCGGGGACAGUCUAGGGAACGUUAGCCUGUGGGACAUUGAUGGAUUUUGGUCAGGAAAAGAUUCACUUAAAGAGCCAUUUGAGAUUACAAAUGAAUGGAAAGUGUCAUUGUGUCCUCCCCCUCUGCUGGGCUCCUGGAAAGCUCACCUGACAGAGGUAGUGAGUGUGAUGUUUGACUCUAAGCGUGAACACAUAGUCACCGCAGGGUUGGACUGCAAUGUUCGGCUGUGGACGAACUCCGGCUGCUUUAUCGGCCUCUUCAGGAGGCAUCAAUGGGAUUUGAUGUCUUCCAGCCCUCAACAGAAUUUCGACCACGAGCUACAAGAAAUUCAAAGCAUGGAAAAGGAAAAGGAUCAAAUACUUAAAGAAACAAAAGAAAAUUGCGAAGAAAAGAGUAAUUUUAGAAUGAUUGAAGAACUCGAAAAGAUAGAAGAAAGGCUUGAAGAAAGACACAGAUCAGACAAGGAGCUUGAACACAAGCUGAAAACAAAGUUCCAAGAUUUAGACAAAUGCGAUACCCUCAGUGAGACUAUUGAAAAGGCUAGGCCACCGAUAUCGGACGCUCAAGUAUAUGCCUUGUAUUGGAGGGCGAUGCAGGUCGUCCCUCAGAUCGACAUAAUUGACAAAAAUAUGAGAAAACGUAUGAAGGAGCCUCAACAGCGUGCUACCGUCAAAGUCAAGGAAGGGACUGAAAACUCCCCGGAAACUAGUGAAAACGAAGAUAACGUCAGCUCACCAGAUGUGCGGGAUAGGGUCCCGCCACAUGACCCUCGCACUCCGCUCAGUGGUUUUGCCAGAAAAGUUCGGGUCAAGUCUCCUGAUGUGGACCACAUUGUGGGCAGAGGUAACCACUUAAAAAACAAUGUGCUCACUCCAUGUCCUCCUGACACCAAGCCAGACUGCACAAUAUACGUGCGUAAGGCCAAAUAUGGACGUGUGAACAAGAUCCAGAACAACAAAAAACAUGACAGUGCCUCCACACCGUGUCCGUCCGCCCGAAAAGCAGCGGUGUGA